AUGACUGAGGUGGAGGUUAAUGGUAUCACUGUGGUGGAUCUCGACAUCACGGCUACGAAGGCGGCACUCUCCUCGUCUUCAACUACCAGGCGCCUUGGAAGUCUCCACAAUCUUGAAGAGAGACUUUCCCACAAUGACAUUGGCCAAGAGCUUUUCCCCAGAAUUCUAGAUCUAUUUACCUACACGUACCCCGCCUACCACGAUCGACACUCGCGAGCAGCUGUUCAGCGAUGCAUUCGAAAUAUAUUCAGCUCAGACGCCCCCCCUGAAGCCCUGGCAAACUUUGUGAAGUUCAUUCACGUCGAGACAAGGAAACCUGGCCUGGCGCCGAGCAACGCAUUUGUGCUGGUCGAAUGGUGCAGUAUAUUACUCCAGGAAAUAUCAGGGACAAGCCACUGGGAGAGAUGGGGUUUAGAAACAGUUGUGAGCAAUGCCGAAGCUCUUGAAUUAUGCCUCAGUGAAUCUUCACGGUCGAAUGUGAAGCAUUCAGCUCUCGUGGUGACUCGGCGCGGCCUACGGAAGGUUUUCUCAAAGGAAGAUGCUAGGCAAAAAGCAAUCGAAGAUGUUGUAAAGACACUUACUGCAAAAGGUUCUCAACCUUCGGCGAGGAAUUCUGUUAUGCUAGGCGUUGUUGCGGGAGUAUGCGCCAGACUACCAGAACCAAAAGAUAUCCUCUCGCGCAAAACAUCCGAAAUUUAUGCCUUCUAUAAUAGAGAGGUCAUUGGAUCACGAUCUGCGGUACCUGCUCAUGUUGCCAAUGGACUAAGCGAUUUCUUCGAAGCAUUUACUACUAAACAUGAUAUCGAGAAAGAGAUCAUUCCGUCUCUCGAGAAGGCCCUACUUAGAGCUCCUGAGAUUGUACUAAAUGGCCUGAUUGAGCCAUUUUUCGAAGCGCUCCCAGAUACUAUAGAUCUAUCAACCAUCCUUCAAGGCAAUUUAUUGAAACCGCUUCUUUCAAAUAUCAAGUCCACGAAUGCCUCAAUACGCCAUGGAGCCCUUUCAACUUUCAAGGCCAUUAUGCAGAAAUGUCACGAGCCGGACAUUAUUGCCAAGGUUGCGGAAGAGAUCAUUAUGCCUCUGAAAACAGGAAAGCUGCCAUCCGCAGACCAGAGAGCCAGUCAUGCAGAAAUGCUUGCAAUACUUCCAGUGUCAAAUUUGACGGUAGUAACCGUGACCCCAGCAAUCGCUGCGGCUGCUGGCAAGGAAACAAACGAUGUGGCCCUUGGUGCGGAAACAACAACACUUCUUCACUACGUGAAAUGGGGAGUCUCCAAUGGGAGCGAGGUGCCCAAACCAGUGAUUGAUAUAUUUGUUAGAGGUCUUUCUGAUAAGAAAGUGCCCGUGAAGAAGUUAUGGGCAUUGCGCCUCGGGGAACUCUUUUGGGAUGUCCAUGACCGAGGUAUCUUGAAUUCGAGAUUCUCCUCACUUGCAGAAGCUGUCAUACCAGCUCUCAUGGAUAUCUGGCAAGAAACCAACAGCAACCCAAUAUCUGCUGCUCAAUCUGGUCUUGUAACCGCCGCAUACAUCUUCACAGCUAUCUCACAUUCGAAGCUUGCAGCCACAUCAAACAGCAAAGUCGAAAUAGCCUUAAAAAAAGCGCAAGUCGCACGCCAAGCUCUGACAAUGGAUCCUAAGCCCUCGUACUUGUUAAAUCAGCGCAUAUAUGGAAAGCUUUCUAGCGACGAUGACUUCAAAUGGCUCAUCCGUGCCCUCUCAUCACUGUCUCAUGAUCUUUCUACCGCCGAAGCCGAUUCUGCAACCGCCCUUGGCUGGUCUCAAGCUAUGAUAUUCUGCAUUUGUUCCACUAGCGUCAAGCCUGGUCUACGAAGAGAUGCUUCGCUUGCCCUCUCCGAGAUGUACGUUGAAGAUGCGUCGAGAAUCUCACAAAUUACUAUUUCUGGCCUCUGGCGUUGGCGACAGUCAGUCGAAUCUGCAGACAAGGACAGCGCCGCAGCUACAUCUAAGACAGACAAUCAAAAUCUCCACUUGGUCGUGAAAUCAAUCUGUUUACCGCCUGUGGACGUUGAGCGACUCGGUGGUUCUAUUAGCGAAUCCAUUCGCCAGAAGCAGAUGGUAUCUCUAUUGAUUCUGUCUCGACCGGAAUUGCUUCCACGGAUCAAUUGGAUAGAUUUGUGCUUGAGGGUUGAGGUGGAUCCUGGUGUUCUUGCAAGAGAAUUUGGGGACCAAUUAAUACAGCAGAUCCUGGAUUUUACAAGCUUCACAGAAACAUCCUCAAUACAACAUUCGGAAUCUGUUAAGACCGCAGCUUUCAAUGCUGCAGCUGAGCUUGCUUUUGUAGCUCCGGAUGUAAUGACGUCUCGCAUUGUGCUACUGAUCAAACAGGAUCUUGACUUUACUCAAUUAGCAAAUAUUGGCCCAACUGAGGCUGCUAUAUUUCGAACCGAAGAAGGAACUGCUUUCGUUGAUGUCUUAGCGACUAAAUCUCAAAACUAUGUUUCGAACAAGAACACCAAAGACUAUGAUACCCUUAAGUGGGAAGAGGAACUAAGGGCCCAGCUCGCUCAGAAGAAGGGCCAACAGAAAAAGCUGAGCCCAGAAGAAGCUUCAAAGGUCAAUUCCCAAUUGAAAAAGGAGUCGGGUAUUCGAUGGAGCAUUCGACAUCUUGAAGCUAAGCUUUUACGUGGUAUUGGAAUAAUCAAGAGCCUCGCAACUGGCCCACCAACAGAUGCUCGCCUUUGGAUAGGGCCUGCGGUAAAAGCCUUGGUCGAUGUCAUCAGUGCUGGCGCCGGUCUGAUCACUGGAAAUGCCGCCCCAGAUGCCUACAUUUCUUGCUCCGAAACCCUUGCGAGUCGCAUUGGUGUUCUCCGACCAUUUAUUGGCAUUGCAACUUUGAGAGCCUUAGAUGUCCCACAUCUUCCAACUCAUCUGUUGCAAGAACCUUUAGGUGCCCUCAUAACUAGGGUGCUCUAUCGCCUUCGCUUUUCCGGAGAACAACGUCCAUUCGACACUGUAUCCCUGACAUAUAUCCUCCCACUUGUAUUCUUGGUACUUGAGAAUGGAGGCUUUGGAGAUGCAGAUGAUGCCGAGGCUCAAAUAGUGCUGGCUUUGGAGUUCAUCUCCUUUCAUACCGACGCUUCGUCCGAUACCUUUGUGCCUCGUUCGGAAAUUCUUUCCGCCUUAAUAUCAUCAAUGCAGAACUAUAACCAACAUUACAAAAUCAUCAAGGACUGUUUAGCAGAUUUUUGCCGAUGCAUCGCACCUAGUAUUACAGACGCCGAGAUUGCAAUCUUAGCUCAGGGCGCAAUUGUACCACCGAUCGCCGUUCGGACUUCAGUUCUGCAGUCCAUCAGUGCAGAGAUUGAUAUGAGUGACCUGGACUUUUCCGACGAGGUUUGGCUUGCAUGCCAUGAUGACGUGGAUGAGAACAUUGAGCUUGGACGUGAAAUAUGGGAAGAAAGUGGGUUUGAGAUCACGACCACAUCGCCGUUCAGGAUGCUACCGUACCUCAACAGCACCGACAAGCAACUUCGAAGGGCAGCGGCUAGAUCCUUAGCCGAUGCGAUCAAACUCCAACCCACAACGCUAAAUGAUGCUCUUCAACGUCUGCAAUAUUCGUACAAGGAGCUAGCUAAACCUCGUGUACCCCAACUUGAUGAAUAUGGUAUGCCAAAGAAGAUGGACCUCUCGGAUCCGUGGGAGGCCAGAAAUGGUAUUGCCAUUGCAUUCAAAGAGCUUGCUCCAGUUUUCGAAGAAGGUCUCCUUGACGAGUUUUUGCGGUUCCUCAUUGAGCAGGGACCCCUUGGUGAUAGGGAUCCAAAUGUCAGAGAGGAGAUGAUUGAAGCUGCUACAGCGAUCAUUGCACUUCACGGAAAGGAUAAAGUGGAAGAUCUCAUGAAGACUUUUGAGCACACACUCGAGGCUCCAGAUAAAGGUUCCGAGUUCGCCGAUCGAGUAAAUGAAGCAGUCAUCAUCAUGUAUGGAGCUUUAGCUCGUCACUUGAAGGCUGGCGACGCACGUGUCCCGAAGGUGGUUGACAGAUUACUGGAGACUCUAAGCACGCCGUCAGAAGCCGUUCAGUAUGCUGUUGCUGAAUGUCUCCCCCCUCUUGUCCGCGCAUCAAGCGAGAAAAUGCCAGAUUAUAUACACCAGGUUCUCGAUAGACUCCUCAAUUCGAAGAAGUACGCUGCCCGUCGUGGUGCGGCAUAUGGAGUUGCUGGACUGGUCAAUGGCAAGGGUAUUUCUGCGUUGAGGGAAUACCGGAUCAUGGUAACACUUAAAGGUGCCAUUGAGAAUAAGAAGGAUGUCAACCAUCGAGAAGGUGCUUUGCUUGCAUACGAACUUCUAUCGACGAUGCUGGGUCGUGUUUUCGAGCCCUAUGUGAUUCAAAUUGUCCCACAGCUUCUUUCAAGCUUUGGUGAUGCAAGCGCUGAUGUUCGCGAAGGUUGCUUAGCUGCUGCUAAGGCAUGCUUUGCGAGCCUGAGCUCAUACGGAGUAAAGCGAAUCUUGCCAACUCUUCUCGACGGGCUAGAUGAUCAACAGUGGAGAAGCAAAAAGGGUGCAUGUGACUUGCUUGGUGCUAUGGCUUACCUCGACCCGCAGCAGCUUGCACAGAGUUUGCCUGAGAUCAUCCCACCUUUGACAGGAGUACUGAAUGAUAGCCACAAAGAAGUCCGUCUCGCCGCCAAUCGAAGCUUGAAGCGCUUUGGCGAAGUCAUCAAUAAUCCCGAAAUCAAGAGUCUUGUGGACGUACUUCUCAAGGCACUUAGUGACCCCACCAAAUACACAGACGAUGCUUUGGACGCCCUUAUCAAAGUGUCUUUCGUCCAUUACUUAGAUGCUCCUUCACUUGCCCUUGUGGCUCGUAUUCUCGAACGUGGACUCGGAGAUCGCUCAGCAACGAAGCGGAAGGCUGCCCAAGUCAUUGGCAGUCUUGCCCAUUUAACAGAAAGGAAAGACCUGGUUGCACAUCUUCCUAUUUUGGUCGCAGGUCUCAAGGUCGCGAUCGUCGAUCCUGUCCCAACAACUCGCGCCACCGCUUCCAAGGCCUUGGGUUCUUUGAUCGAGAAGCUGGGAGAAGACGCUCUUCCGGACCUCAUUCCAGGCCUGAUGCAGACUUUGAAGUCGGAUACUGGUGCUGGAGACCGCCUUGGAUCCGCUCAGGCCCUCAGUGAAGUCCUUGCUGGUCUUGGUACCACUCGUCUUGAAGAGACACUACCUACAAUUCUGCAAAAUGUGGCUUCCAACAAGGCAUCUGUUCGCGAAGGUUUCAUGUCAUUAUUCAUCUUCUUACCUGUCUGUUUUGGUAACAGUUUUGCCAAUUAUCUCAGCAAAAUCAUCCCGCCUAUCUUGUCAGGUCUCGCAGACGAUAUCGAGUCUAUUCGAGAUACUUCACUGCGUGCUGGUCGCCUUCUAGUCAAAAACUUUGCAACGAAGGCCAUUGACUUACUGCUUCCCGAACUCGAACGCGGCCUUGCCGACGAUAGCUACAGAAUUCGUCUCAGCUCUGUGGAACUGGUUGGUGAUCUUUUGUUCAAUCUCACUGGUAUCAGUGCAACCACUGAACAGGAUGAAGUCGAAGAUGGAGCACAAGAAGCAGGUGCAUCCUUGUUGGAGGUCCUUGGAGAGGAGAAACGAAACAAGGUGCUUUCUUCAUUAUACAUCUGCCGCUGCGAUACCUCGGGUCUCGUGCGAACUGCUGCCGUCAAUGUGUGGAAGGCUCUUGCUGUCCCUAGAACUCUGAAAGAACUUAUUCCCACUCUCACGCAGCUCAUUAUUCGACGCCUUGGCAGUUCUAACAUGGAACAAAAAGUUAUUGCCGGCAACGCUCUUGGUGAACUUAUCCGAAAGGCUGGUGAUGGUGUACUAGCAACAUUGUUGCCAACUCUCGAGGAAGGUCUGCAGACAUCCACGGACACAGAUGCCAAACAGGGUAUUUGCAUUGCCCUCCGAGAAUUGAUUUCCUCGGCAUCUCCUGAUGCAUUAGAAGACCAUGAAAAGACCUUGAUAUCUGUGGUUCGAACUGCCCUUAUCGACUCCGAUGAAGAAGUUAGAGAAGCCGCAGCUGAAGCUUUCGACUCUCUGCAACAGAUUCUUGGCAAAAGAGCUGUUGAUCAAGUGCUGCCCUACUUGUUGAACUUGCUUAGAACCGAGGAAGAGGCCGAUAACGCCCUUUCUGCUUUGUUGACAUUACUUACGGAGACAACGAGGUCUAACAUAAUCCUGCCGAACCUUAUCCCUACACUGACCGCUUCUCCUAUUACGUCGUUCAACGCCAAGGCUCUUGCAUCUCUCUCCACCGUAGCUGGUUCUGCAAUGACACGAAGACUGCCCAGCAUUUUGAACUCCCUCAUGGACAAUAUCAUUUCUUGUAAAAACGAGGAGCUUAAAGCCGAUCUGGAUGCGUCAUUUGACACUGUCAUCCUCUCUAUUGAUGAGUUUGAUGGAUUGAACACAGCGAUGAGUGUGCUCCUUGCUCUUGUGAAGCACGACGAUCAUCACAGACGAGCUGCAACCGAUUACCAUCUGGCAAAGUUCUUUGCCGCUGCAACCGUUGAUUACUCUAGAUACAACCAAGAUAUUAUCCGGGCUCUGCUAAUGUCUUUCGACGAUAGAGACCCAGAGGUUGUGAAAGCUGCCUGGACGGCCCUAAGCGAAUUCACGAAGCACUUGAAGAAAGAAGAAAUGGAGUCUCUUGUAUUCUCAACUCGCCAGAUCUUGCAGCAUGUUGGUGUGGCAGGUUCAAAUCUACCAGGUUUCGGACUACCUAAAGGUAUAAACGCCAUAUUACCGAUAUUCCUACAGGGCUUAAUGAAUGGUACGUCGGAGCAGAGAACGCAAGCUGCUCUUGCCAUUUCCGAUAUCGUCGACCGCACAAGUGGAGAUUCUUUGAAGCCGUUUGUUACUCAGAUCACCGGUCCACUUAUCAGAGUUGUAUCCGAGAGAUCGACCGAAGUCAAAGCUGCCAUUUUAUUGACUUUGAACAAUUUAUUGGAGAAAAUCCCAACAUUCUUGAAGCCCUUCCUUCCCCAACUUCAGCGGACAUUCGCCAAAUCACUGGCCGAUACAUCGAGUGAGGUUCUGAGGACUCGAGCAGCAAAAGCACUGGGUACAUUGAUUACCUUGACACCUCGUAUUGAUCCAUUGAUUGCAGAAUUGGUCACAGGUUCGAGGACUUCAGACGCUGGUGUUCGUAAUGCAAUGUUGAAGGCACUAUACGAAGUCAUCAGCAAGGCAGGCGGUAACAUGGGCGAGCCAUCUAGGAAUGCUGUUCUUGCAUUGAUCGAUACUGACCCUGAGGAUAAUGACAUUUCGAUGGCUAUCACGAAUGCAAAAUUGCUUGGUGCGCUAAUCAAGAAUGUGCCAUCGGAGAAUGCUUCAGGCCUUAUCAAAAAUCGAGUUAUGACUACGCACUUCAGUCAAUCUUCAGUACUGGCCUUGAAUGCUGUACUCUGCGAAUCACCUUCCUCGCUGACACGAAGCGCCUUUGCUGAUGAUCUACCGAAGGUUAUCAGCCAAGGCAUGGCAAGUAAGAAUACCUUUAUUUCCGACAAUUUUGUUCUGGCUGCAGGCAAAUACCUGCUCACCGAUACUCGCAGCACUGAUUAUGAGACGACAAAGCCACUAUUCGAAACACUUGCAACCCUCAUCCAACCCGGCACCCCUGCAGAUACGCGUCGUCUGUCUCUGGUAGUAGUGCGCACUAUAUGCCGCCAUCACAUGGAUCAUGUUCGCCCUCAUCUUCCAUUGUUAGCCCAGCCUGUGUUUGCUAGCGUCCGGGACCCCAUCAUCCCGAUCAAGCUUGCCGCUGAGGCUGCAUUCAUGGCAUUGUUCGAUGUUGUCGAUGAAGAGAGUAGGGUAUUCGACAGGUAUGUUGCCGCGCAAGAAUUGCCUGCGGGCCAAAAAAGGUCCAUGCAGGACUAUUUUAAGCGUGUUGCUUUGAGGCUUGGGAAUACUGCACGGGAGAGAAGGGAUGCCGAGGGAGGACAGGGUGGAUUGGGUCUUUCUAAUGAUGAGUUUGACGACGAACGAGAGUUACAGAGUAUUGGGAAAGUAGACCUUGGGGAGAGAGCGUUUGAUGAAUGA